AGUCCGAUCUCGCGAGAGAGGACGGAAGCCUGUGGGAGCCCGUGGCCUUUAAAGUGCGGUUCAGCCCUUUCCUCCAGGGGUAGUUUGUAAACACCGCUGAGCUCGGGCCUCGGUGGCGACCGAAGGAAGCAUGAACCAGUGACCUGGAAAGAUUGGCCUUGCAUAUUUAGAGACGUUCUCACGAACACUGGUCUUGCUCCUUGUCCACUGGCAGGACUUUUUGCUUUCGAAAGCUCCCUUCAGUGGACUACUAAGGCAUCUCCACAAGGGAUACAUAGAUGGAAACUUGAGAAGUACUGCUUACUUAAUUAGAGCUGAAGGAUUCCUGGCAGCAGAGCAAAUAAAGCCCAUGGCCCACCAGCUAGAAAGAAAUCUGCUUUGAAACUUGAGUACAUGCUUUGAAGUAUCCUUGCCAUGAAAAAGAGGACGUGAUAAGUUGUUCAACUUAUGAAAUUCAAGUUACAUGUGAAUUCUGCCAGGCAAUACAAGGACCUGUGGAAUAUGAGUGAUGACAAACCCUUUCUAUGCACUGCCCCUGGAUGUGGCCAGCGUUUUACCAACGAGGAUCAUUUGGCUGUCCAUAAACAUAAACAUGAGAUGACACUGAAAUUUGGUCCAGCACGUAAUGACAGUGUCAUUGUGGCUGAUCAGACCCCAACACCAACAAGAUUCUUGAAAAACUGUGAAGAAGUGGGUUUGUUUAAUGAAUUGGCAAGUCCAUUUGAGAAUGAAUUCAAGAAAGCCUCAGAAGACGACAUUAAAAAAAUGCCUCUAGAUUUAUCCCCUCUUGCAACACCCAUUAUAAGAAGCAAAAUUGAGGAGCCCUCUGUUGUAGAAACAACUCACCAAGAUAGCCCUUUACCUCACCCAGAAUCUACUACCAGUGACGAAAAGGAGGUACCAUUGGCACAAACUGCACAGCCCACAUCAGCUAUCGUUCGUCCAGCAUCAUUACAGGUUCCCAAUGUGCUGCUUACAAGUUCUGACUCCAGUGUAAUUAUUCAGCAAGCAGUACCUUCACCAACCUCAAGUACUGUGAUCACCCAGGCACCAUCCUCCAACAGGCCAAUCGUUCCUGUACCGGGCCCAUUUCCUCUUCUGUUGCAUCUUCCUAAUGGACAGACCAUGCCUGUUGCUAUUCCCGCAUCAAUUACAAGUUCUAAUGUGCAUGUUCCAGCUGCAGUCCCGCUUGUUCGGCCAGUCACCAUGGUGCCUAGUGUUCCAGGAAUUCCAGGUCCUUCCUCCCCUCAACCAGUACAGUCAGAAGCAAAAAUGAGAUUAAAAGCUGCUUUGACCCAGCAACAUCCUCCAGUUACCAAUGGUGAUACUGUCAAAGGUCAUGGUAGUGGAUUGGUUAGAACUCAGUCAGAGGAAUCUCGACCACAGUCCCUACAACAGCCAGCCACAUCCACUACAGAAACUCCGGCUUCUCCAGCUCACACAACUCCACAGACCCAAAAUACAAGCGGUCGUCGAAGAAGAGCAGCUAAUGAAGAUCCUGAUGAAAAAAGGAGGAAAUUUCUAGAGCGAAAUAGAGCAGCAGCAUCAAGAUGCCGACAAAAAAGGAAAGUCUGGGUUCAGUCUUUAGAGAAGAAAGCAGAAGACUUGAGUUCAUUAAACGGUCAACUGCAGAGUGAAGUCACCCUGCUGAGAAAUGAAGUGGCACAGCUGAAACAGCUUCUUCUGGCUCAUAAAGAUUGCCCUGUAACCGCCAUGCAGAAGAAAUCUGGCUAUCAUACUGCUGAUAAAGACGAUAGUUCAGAAGACCUGUCAGUGCCGAGCAGCCCGCACCCUGAAGCUAUUCAGCAUAGUUCUGUCAGCACAUCCAAUGGAGUCAGUUCAACCUCCAAGGCCGAAGCUGUGGCCACCUCAGUCCUCACACAGAUGGCGGACCAGAGUACAGAGCCCGCGCUGUCGCAGAUUGUUAUGGCUCCUGCCUCCCAGUCACAGCCCUCAGGAAGUUGAUUAAAAACCUGCGGUGCGGCAGUUUUAGAUACUCAUUAGUGACUUCAAAGGGAAAUCAAGGAAAGACCGGUUUCCGUUGAUGCGAAAUCUGUGGUUGUAAAUUUUUUUUUUUACUUGAAAUUAAAUUUGGCUCUAAAGUUGGUGUAGCGGCAGUUGAUGAUCAGCCUGAACAACGGUUUUUAGUCUCUGGAAAAAGACUGAUUUUGCUUUUUUUAUAAAUAUUGUUAGAUUUAUUAAUUUUCUGUGCUCAAUGUGUAAAUUGUAUUAUAAUUCAUUGUGGUUUAUUUCACUUUUAAUUUGGUGGUGUUUUAAUAAAUGGGGGUGUUACUGAGUCUCUUCCCACUUCCAUUUCUUUUGACCACCUCUUACCCUCAACUGUGAUGGUAGUAUUGUCAUAUCAUUUAUACCAAAGUUCUGCAUCGUCCCUGUUGACUUUGUAAUGUUAACAAGGUCAUAAAGCACUAGCAAGAGAAAGAUAGAAAUUUGCUUUUAAUCUUUUUGCCUUUUAUUUUGCACAUUAUGCAAAAGGAAGAACAUUAGAGAACACUUUUUAAGUGAGUGAAACGUGGUAAAAGACAUACAGUGCUUUUAUGCACCCUCAAACUAAAUCAAGGUCAUUCGUCGUGCGUUUUCUUUAAGAUUUUAGGUAGACGGGAAUUUUGGAAUCCUCUAACAUUUCAAAAGGACUAUUUUUCAAGUCUUAAAUUCAGUAUUUUAAAUCCUAUGUUUUGAGGCUAAUAAAACAUGAAAUUAUAUCAUCUAUGAUACAGGGUUAUCAGAUAGCUAAUAAUUUUUUGAAAUUAGGUUUUGGGUUUUUUUUGCAGAUUUCAGGUUACAAACUGAGAAGUUUAUGCAUAAUCAAGUAUGGUGUGGUUGCCAGAAAAAGCCUAAAAAUUACUUAGAAAAUUUAAGGCUGUUUGCCCCCAUUGUCUUGUACUUGCAAGCUAACUUGUACUUAUUCUUGUGAAAGCACUGUCAUCUUUUAGUAGCAAAUUUUGAUAACGUUUCUCGUGGGAAAAAAAAAAUCAGUAUCUAUCUUUAGAACAUUGUAAUUAUAAUGUGGGAAGCAAGAGUGCGUGUGUGUGUGAGAGAGAGCGAGAGAGAGUGUGUGUGUGUGUGUAUGUGUGUUAUGUGUGUAUGUUUCUUUCAAUAGUUUAUGCCAGCAGUCUUUGCUUGAAUGUUUAACGAUGCCUUCGGUGUGAUGCUGGCCGAUAGAUGAUUGCAAUUUAAAAUGUCAUUACUGUGCAGGCUUGGAUAACUAACAUUCCAUGAUGUAGUUUGUUUCUGAGGAGAUGAUUGUAGGUACACUUUUCUCAUUAUCCAAUCAUCCGUGGGAUACUGAGUUUUCUAAUGUGCCAUUAUCUAUUUUUAUUCUCCAGUUAUGUUCAAGAUACAGUACAAUAUUUUAAAAUAGACUCAAUUGUGAAAAAUAAAGUAGUAGACGUGUGUAAGAAAACUUUGUAAAAUAGUUACGAGUCCUACCCAGUAGCAACUUCUGGCAUUCGAGCAGGAUUCCAUUAUGUAAAUAUCUGUAACGCAUUUAUAAUAAGCUGUGUAGUCUGUUCUGCAUCUAUACUACACUAUUUACGAAUGUCUCGGUGCCAUCUCCUAACGAGACUGACCUUUUAAAAACCUAUAUCGAAUAUCCUUGGUAAUUCAAGGAACUAUCCCACCUGCCUAAGUUCCAAACUGGGAAACAUUCAAAUUAUACAAAUGACAUUUCAGGACUUUUAAGUAUGAAGAUAAUAGGAUUUUUAUUGUUUGGCUUAUCAAGAGUGAGCGUUUUUAGUUGAUAAUUCUACUUCUAAAUUUUUUUUAUUUUUAACUGAUUUUGUAAUUUAAAGCAAUGAAUUUCUGAUCAUGAUUUUCUCGUAGUUAUGCUAAGGAGUUGAUCUCAAAGGCACAAAAUAUGAAUUCUGCAAGAAGGCAAUUUUCUAUUGUAAGUUUGGAUGGGUUAGGAAAAGCCUCAACUUUUCACUCUCCUAAGUCCUUCAGUACAUUUUUCUUUCAUUUUAUUAUUUAUGCAAGUUAAAGUUUUUGGUAACAGGAAUUCUUGCAACUGUAAAAUAAAACUACAUAGAUGUAAGAAGUCAUGUAAACGGUUAAUGAACUUACCAAGGUUAGCAAAACUUUCAUUGUAAAUCAGUCUGUGCUCAGCAAAUGAAAAUCAUUCUUAGUUGUAUAAACACAAAUUCCAUUUUGACUUUCAGGAUGUCGCACUACUUCUGUACCUAGCAUUUUGAGUCCUUACAUUUGCAAUGUUACACAAACUGUACUACUUUCUUUUAUGUGCAGUUUGCAUGAGUAAACCAUCAGAGAAUAAAUUCUAUCUUUAAAUUAUGUUCAUAA